AUUCAAAUUGAAUAAUUAAAUAAUUCAAUUAAACAAUUUAAAAAGAUCCUUUUGUUACCGUUUUCUAUUCAAAUCGUAAAAGGAAAUUUCCGUUUCUUGUCUCGUCGUCUUUUUAAUGGUAUAACUAGUAGUUGAACUCGAAUCGUUUAAUUCGACUUGGCUCCGGUCAAAGGUCGGGGUAAAACCGACGACGGCAGUGUUCUAUUCGAAAAAUACGGCGAUCGUGUCGUGUCGGCAAUCCAUUCCAUUGGAAUUAAUGGUUAUCGAUUUAAUUGCGAAGUCCCUGUAGCCUAAUUUCAAAGUUUCAGUUCUUCACGCGAUCAGUUUUAUAACAGUUUUCGAAGUGACUCUGAAAAGAACAGACAGAUCAAGUAAAGGUAUGAUAGAAAACGACAGUACAUUACAACAAUGUAUGGUGUUUAUUUCAAGAUUUGUUCCAUGGCAACAAUUGAGGAGUGUAAAAUGGAAAAACGAAAAACCUCCCCCAAAACAAGCUUACAUCCCCACCGAAAUCGAACACAUCGCAAACGUCCUAACCCACGCCGUUGGAGUCUUACCUAGUAUUGCAGCAACACUUAAAUUAUGGGAACGAUCUCAUUGUAAUGCCCAAAAGUUGUCUGCGAUCGUUUAUGGUGCCACCUUAGUGUUCCUUUUUGGCAUAUCCACAUCUUUCCACUGUGUCUUUUAUAGUAUUAGAAAAGGUGUUUUAAAAGACUUCCUCCACCGUUGUGAUAGAGCCAUGAUCUACAUAUUUAUAGCCGGUUCUUAUUUUCCAUGGUUAACAAUUCAACAUCUUCCAGAUGAGGGCUGGUCCUGCUCCAUGAAAUGGAUUGUGUGGAUAUUAGCAAUUUUAGGCAUAAUUUAUCAACAGCUGUUUCAUGAACGGUACAAAAUGUUGGAGACUGUUUUUUAUUUGGUGAUGGGAAUCUUUCCAGCACUUCCAAUUGUAACAGAGCAUUAUGGAUUUGAUGGUAUGAUUCAGUUGAAGAUUGGUGGGAUUUUAUACGUUAUUGGAAUCGUAUUUUUCAAAUCUGAUGGAUCUAUUCCAUGCGCUCAUGCAAUUUGGCACGUUUUCGUUAUUUUAGCUGCGAGCGUGCAUUAUUUUGCGAUACUCCAUAACCUAUAUCCUUUAAAACUACCUCUCGAGAAUGUAGAAUUUUGAAUGGAAUGAAAUCCUUCAAAUUAGUCUCCAAUUUUAUUUUUUUGCUACAAUUUAGCAAAGAUAACAUGAACAAAUUAAAUUUAAUUAAUUUAAAAAUUAAUUUAAUAGGAAAUCUGUGAUUUAUUUUUGAGAAUCUUCUCAAAUUUGGCUCUUUUCGUUUUAAAUGACAAUCUUUUUACUAUUUACAACGAAUUAUAGUUGCAAUUACUCCCAAAGAUUAUUUCCCCACUUUUUUAAAGAUUAUAAUUACUUAUAUAGUUUAAAUUUACCCUAGAUAACUUACGAACAAAAAGUUAAACUCACCAAAACAUUUUCACCUCCAAAACCCAACUAAACGACGCAACGUUUAGAUAAAAUGUGUAAAGAUACUCAGAUAACGGUGUUUAUUUAGGUUUAUUUCCAUAGAUAUGUGUUCUUUUAGAAUCAAGCCGGAAAGUAACAAAGAAAUGACAUUGUGCCAAAGAUAUUUUUGUUAUUAGAGCUUCCUUCUCCCUCAAAAAACCACUUCCGUCAAUUUGGUAACGAAAAUUCGAAUUAAAAAGUCACCAUUCCUUAUUCCCAAUUUAAUUAAGGCCUCGAUUAGGAAUCUAAAUUAAGUUAGGUUAGAAAAUGAUGUUUUCCCCUCCCAGUUAAACUUCCAACCUCAAUUAUCUUAUUGUUUAAUUUUAAUUUCUGUGAUAUAUCGAUGUAUUCCGAUGGAUGGUGAUUAUUUAAAAAAAAAAAUUUGGUAAUGAUGAACAAAACAAAAAAUACCAAAUAAAAGAUAAAUAAUAA